GAUCCACUACGUCCAGCUCGGUCCCCAUAGUCAUACCGCCUUCGAGUGCUUCGAGCACGGUUGGUAGUUGGUGUUUAUCAUUUCGAGUGACUUGUUGGUUUUGCUAACCGUUUUGCAGCCUACUAGCAGAGAAAACUGCUCCACAAUAAUGGGUGAAUCAAGCAAAAUGUCUCCAUCGAUCAAAAACAUCCCAAGGCGUCAGGCCAUCCCGAUCCUGUAUACCCGCGGAACCCAUUACGACGUUGGAUACGAUGUGGGUCGAACGUUCGCUGCUCUCAUAAAAAACUUCCUGCAGUUAUCCGGACCGUUAAAUGACACCUAUUUGCCGCUGUACAACACCGACGAAGGAAGAAAAGUAUACAACGAAACGCUCGAAUCGGUGAAAAAAUCGUUCCCACAGUACAUCCGAGAGCUGGAAGGAACUGCAGAUGGCGCACAAGUCGAAUUCCAUAAGCUAUUCCUACUGCACAUGGACGAGAUCCUACCGGUGGCGGUUGAAGGUAAAAACAGCAUCAAUCAACCGAUCGGGUGCUCAACGGUUUGCGUCAAUGAACCGGACUGCGAAAUCCUUGCUCACACCGAAGACGCCCUGAGUGAAGUGCUCAAUCACUACUACUUCGUUUCGGCUCACAUCAUAUCGGACUCUCCUCAGGGUAAGUACAACGUGACGGAGGAGCGUUUCACUUCCCUUUGCUACGCGGGUCAUCUUCCGGGAUAUACCAUGAACUACAACCACCACGGGCUGGUGUUCUCGAUCAACACGCUGAGUGCUAACAAGCUGUACAGCGGAAAGACUCCUCGACACUUUAUUACACGUGCUCUGCUUUCAGCAGAGAACUUCGUGCAAGCGCAACAAAUUCUUCGAGACAACGGAGUAGGCGCUGCCGAUGGAUGCUCUAUUAAUAUGACCUUCUUGAAACAAGAUGGCGACCGUUUGUUCCACAAUGCCGAAAUGGGACCGGCCGAGCGGGACCAGUCGCAGCUCAACAUCCUCACUGCCAGCCCCGGUGAGCACAUCGUUCACGCCAACAUGUACCUACGCCUCCCGGUACCGGAAGUGAACGGGCUGAUCAUCGAUUCCAGCGUGGAGCGCAUGAAGACGUUCAAGUCGUUUCAUGCACCGAAAACGCUGAACGACGUCAUUCGGAUGUUGGGCGACCAGAGCGCCAAGGAGCACACCGUGUUUCGCGAGAAGGACGCCAAGGACGUCGUCAAGACGGUUUGCGUCGGGAUCUUCGACUGCCGGAAGCGGACAUGGUCGUUGUACUCGGACAAUCCGAAGUUCAAUGCCCCGCUGAUGGUGAUGCCGUUGGUCAUCAAGGACUAAAGCGAGCUUAUGAGCUCGGCGGAAAGAAUGAGGGGGUUCGAACUUGCAUUUAAUGCUUUUCGGUGCAAUAUUUGGUUGUAAUUACUGUUCGUCACGGCAAUUUUAGGCGCGGCUUUGCAUGCUUAAAACCAAUCAGUAGUGGUUUAUUUUAUAUUGAUCGUUAUAUUUAUAAUUAUAUGAUGUUAAGCUUA